UUCGCGUCUAUUGAAUAGUAAAAUGUUUGUCCUGUGGUGUCUAGUGUUGCCAACAAUAGUGCAUUCGAUGGAAAAGACUUCAAUGUUCGUUAAAAGGUCACAAGUUAGUGAUCAAGCUAUGAGUGGUUCGGGAUAUUCUUAUGACGUAGACGAUGGUAAACCGCAGGAGUACUCAUUUGAACUUGCUGAUGGUGAAGAUGCUUUGAAAAUUUUAAAAGAGUUGGGGUAUGAUCCCUUUGAAUCUCAGAGAUAUGCUGAAGAACAUCCACCAUUACCUUUGGAACAAUACACCAAAGAAUACCUGAAGGUAGCCGAUGAAAAACCCAUAGCUUUUGGUAUAAACGGAGGCAAUUAUCAAAUACCUCCAACAGGAUACCCUCAUCUGAAUUCUUACAGUAAAUUCAAGACCUACCCUGUUCAUUCUUACCCCUAUGCCCCCGGCUACGAUCAUGCUUCCAAAAAAAAAUUCCUCAACUCAGUAGGCAAAAUCUAUAAUGAUUAUUCUACAGCCAAACAUGGAGACAAAGUUGAUACUGGCUAUAAGACCGUAGACACUUUUAGUAAAGGCCUGAAAGGCAAAUACGAUAAUCAAGACAGCAAAUCGUUUUACGAUCAAAAUGGCGGAAAUAAGCAUUCAAUAUAUGACAAUGCGGGUAAAUAUAAUGUAAAUGAUGCUGCUGGUAAAACAUCGUUAGGUGGUUCGUUUGGACAAAAAGAUUCUCACAACAAAGGCUCGAAAACUACAGGUUUUCACAAAGUAUAUCACAAAGACGAUUUUAAUAAGCAACACAAAUUCUAUGAUAAAGCUGACAAAAAAGGUUAUUUCGAUAAGCAUGGAAACUUUGAAACUAAAAAUGAUAAAGUCGAAGGGCAUUAUGCUAAAGGUGCUAGUCAAGAUAAGGGAUACGAAGGUGAGAAGUAUGGAACUAAGGAUAUUGUUGAUAAUGGAAAAUUUGAUGAAAUCGCUAAGGGGUUUAAAAAAGCUAGUGGAGAUGAAGGUUUUAAUCAAGAUUAUGCUGGAUAUAGUGAGAAGAGUGGUAAAGAUAGCGGAAGCCAAAGCGGUUAUAGUAUAUAAUUUGUUAAAUAUUGAUAUUUAUGUAUGUUGUAUUAUAAAAUAAAUUAUUUUUAUUACA